AUGUUUAAUGAAUUGGGAAAUCAAAAUAUUUAUAUUAACAUAAAUAACAACAACAAUAAAAUUACAAAUGCUAACAGCAGCAACAGCAGCAGUAAUACUAAUGGCAAUAAUGAAUAUGGUCACUAUGAUGAUUAUAUAAAGACAAUGAUAAAGUCAAUCAAGGAACUGGGACUUUAUGAUUCAUUUAAAUAUGCAUUUCUAGAAAAUUCAAGAAAAUUUUUUCAUGAGAAAAGUCAAUCAUAUCGACCAUUAAUUGAAAAUCGUAAUAUAGGCACCUAUUUGAAAUUGAUCAAACAACAGAUUGAAUUUGAGAUUGAUAAAGUGACUUAUUUUUUUGGUGAAGAAUUGUAUAUCAAAGAAUCUUCAGUUAAGAUCAUGAUUAAUGAAUAUUACCUCAGGCAUAUGGAUAUUAUAAUUAAGAAAGGUAUGAGCAUAUAUACAUUUGAGAAAAAUAUUUAUAAUUCACAUAUUAUCUUUUCACCACAAAAAUCAUUAAAAAUCAACAAAGAAAAUUUGCAAACAUUAAGUCAAUUAAAUAGGAAAUUUAAAAACAUUCAAUCAAAUGAAAAAUAUUCAAAUAUUAUAAAUAUGUGGAAUAAAAAUUUCAUAUCAUUUGUCAAUGAAAAAAAAGAUAAUAUCACUAAUUUUUAUAAACCUUAUUUUAUGAAACAUUAUAAGAAAAAAUUUGCUAAAAGACUACUUUAUCAUCAUGAUGACAAAAACUUUAAUCUUUCGAAUGAAGAGUGGAUUUUGUCAUUAUUUAACAGGGCAAAUAUAAUAGAUAAUUUAUAUGGGAUGAUUAAAGACAUCCAUGAAUCAAUUGGAAUAAAAAAAGAUUUUGAUAUUUUUAAUCAUCUCAAAGUAACAAUAUUAACAGGGUCCUAUUGGCCAAAAUUUAUCACUGGACCAUCGCCUGAAGUUGCUGAUCUAAAAAUACCAUAUGAAUUGUUCUUGAUGAGAAAAUCAUUUCAAGAUUAUUUUUAUUGUAAGAGAAGAGAUGGUGCUAAUAGAAAUCUUAAAUGGUUACAUUCCUAUGAUAAUCUAAUUAUUUCUUUAAUUCAUCCAAAGGGAAAAAUGUACUUUAGUAUAAAUAUGUGCAUGUUUAUAAUAUUGGAAAUGUUCAACUAUACAAGAUCAUAUCAAAUAUCAUACACUAUUCGUGAAAUUAUGAAAAAUACCGAAUUAGUAUUAAAAAGUGCUUUAAGUUCGUUGAUAUUUGGUGAAAUUAAAUUGUUGAAUAAAUUUGUGAAUUCAAAGAGAUUAAAUUUAUCUGAUGCUAUUUUUAUUAACGAAAACUUAAACUUCAUUGAAUCAACUGUUGACAAUCCAAUAAUAAUUGAUGAACGAAAAUCACAAAGACAGAUAUCAACAUCAGAGGAUGUUCAAAUCUCUUCUUAUAAUAUAUCCAAUGAAAUAAGGAUAGAUUCAAGGAUAAUGAAAUUAAUGAAAUUACAUAAACGUUACCAACAUAAUAGUUUGAUUAGUUUUAUACAAAAAGAUUUUAAAAAUAAUUUUCAUCAGCAAGUUCAGAUCAAAUCCUUAAUAAAACGACAAUUUUUAAGAAAUGAAGGCAAAAAUGUUGUUUAUGUUCCCUAA